AUGAUAGACUCUGUGUACAGCAGCUGCGCUGCCGCCUUCCCCGCCACCCCCUCUGGGGGUGGUGCUGGCGUCGGUGCGACACGUUUCACCAGCGUCGCCCAGCUGCACGCGAGAGAGGCGGGGGUGUCGUUGUCGUCUCUCAUGGAUGCCUUGUCGCGCUUGGAGGUACUGUUUCGUGCCAGCGGGGACGCUCUCUGCGCCACAGCACAGCCCUCCGCGCCAGAUCCGAGGGCGGAGGACGUUGCCCACAGAAACCGUGACGAGCAUGCGUCAUCUACAGGACCCAAACAGGCCGCUCUGCAGGUGUCCUCUACGCUGGACGCUCUCGCCACGGCUGCCGCGCGGUGUGAUGCCGAGGUGGGCCAGCAGUUGGCUGUUCUGCGCCGCGGCGUCUCUGCCCUCGCCCAAGAGCUGAGCGCACUCUCGGAACGCUACCCGAGCAUGAACGCGAAGGGGAGUUGGACUGGCGCGACGGGCGGACCUGGCUCGCCAUCGUCGCCGCCUGCCGCGACUCUGCGCACACCACAAAUCAUGGCGUCGCCAUCCUCUGCGCCAGCAGGAGGCAGCACCAGCGGCACCGCCCCAGCUCCUCGAGGGUCUUUUAGGGACACCUCGCCGAGUGACCCAGGCCCCGCCUCCCCGCCGCCGGCUCACCGUUCAUCCAUCGUCAACACAACUACCACCCCUACGCAGCUGCCGGCCGGUUCCGCUGCCAGCCGCGGCGUCGGCAGCGACGCUGCUGUGCCUAGUUCGGGCCUCGGCGCGUCCUCUGCCGCCUCGUCUCUGGCGAGGCCUGCCACGAUGGCCGUGCCUACACGUCUAGUCAGCACUGCCAGCCCGCCUCUCCGUGCGGCGGCGUCUCCCAACCGAAAAGCACCCCCAGCUGAGUCCACGGCGUCCCCACCGCUAGCCUUCUCACUCGCUGACAGACCAGAGCUCCAAGUGCCGGCGGCGCAGCUGCCCCACGCGGCCUGCGUGGAGAACGUGAAGAAGUACUUGAGUCACUGUGUGGAGUGGCCUCCGCGACCGCGUGAGCGGCGGCGAGUGCGGCCACCCCAGGGCGUGCACGGCGGCCGUGCGUGGAAGCGGGAGGACUCUAGCGACGGCGGCCGUGGCGGCGGUGUGGCUUCGCAGCUGAAAAGUUCAGAUGGCCAACCAACGCACUCUAGACUCAACGGCGAUAGCACCCAUCAGCGCAACGAGACUGACGAGUUCCUGCGUCGGCUGACGGAAGAGUCGCCGUACGAAUUGUCAGUGCUGCGCUCACCUCUGUCCAACUCGCGGGGUAGCCCAGCGGCCAGCUCCGUUCGCAGCGGCUACAACAGCAACAGCGGCAGCUACGGCAGCGGUGGUGACAACGACUUGCGCUUCGAGGAAGAGGAGCAGCAACAGCAGCGUCAGCUGUCCGGUUCCGCGGCUGCCGACCGCAGAGCUUCCUCCAAGACGGUGAUCACAGGAAGCGGCAAGCGUCACCGCAGCCAUGGGCCUGUUCAGACCACGCCCACGCGUCGCACGCCGCGUCGACGCACUCGCAGUACGAAAGCGAGCAGUGCCGAUGCGCAGGCGCAACAAGCAUCACGCCGCCGAGGCCGACCAACGAUGCAGGAGUCUGUCGACGCGCUGGUGCUGGGGCAACUCCGCGCUGACGGCAUCGCCCUUCCUGCACCAAUGGAGGCCGAGUUGUGCUGGUGCGAGGAAGACGACGUCAACACGGUGUUGCAGAGUGCUGAGGCUGUCUCAGGGGUUGCGGCAGCCGCUCGGUCUGCCAAGCCCGCGGCGAAAGGAGCGAAGGGGCCCAGCGACGACGCCUCGGGCAAGGGCUACAGAAGUGCCACCGGCGACGUCGAAGCUGACUUUGCUGUGGUCCUGCAAGAGGUGCGCACGCUGGUGAGGCACGGCCAACGCGGCAGUGUCUGUCGCGGCUCCUUGACUACUACAGCCGCAGGAGCGGCGAAGGAGCUUUCUACCGGUAUGGACAACCCUCGCUCCGAGCUGUCACGGGUGUCUGCGCAGCUGUCCACGCGUUUGCCAACGACUUCGACCUGGAUGGCGCAGAUCCACGACUUCUGCGCCCUUCUUGAGGACAUGGCCAUCGCUGCUGCCGGCGGAGACGCGGACGCCACAGCCUCGGCAGAAGAGGAUCGGCAGGAGGGGUCAAAGACAGGUCUCACAAGGCGCUCACAGACCUCGGCCACGUCCCUGACGCGGGAGCGUGUAUCGGCAGCACCGAAGGCGUUCUCAUUCUCCUCGUCUGCAGCCUCCUCUACCAACCGCUCGUCCUCCGACGCCGCCGCCGCGGCGAGCGCCAGCGACUUCUCUACUGUCGCGGAUGAGCUGUUCUCCUCCGCCGAGGAGGUGGAGGGCUCUAACGACGGCGAAGGCAGCGAUGGCCAGCGCCAUCGCACGAAGCGGACCCCUGUGACGUCUUCGGCGACAGCUGCGGCUGCUGUUGUGCAGGCCUCCCCGAUCUCGCUCAUGACAUCGCUAGAGCACUCGGUAUCCAUUGCUCAGCCUUCUUUACACAGCAGCCAGAGCAGCAGUGCCGCCCCUUCUUCCUUUCGCGACACGUCACGGUCCGCGGAGCCGCAUCAGGACGAGGCAGAGGUGGGGGCGGAGGAGGGUGAGCCGUCUGCGCCGACACAGGCAAGCUGCGGUGUGCGAGCCACAGUCGCUCUCGCGGAUGUGUGGCUUGGCGGCUUCGACGUGCCGGAGAUGCGCGUAGUUGGCGGCGGUGCCACUGCAACGCACGCGGUGUCCGCGGCUGUAGGAGCGGCGUCUAGCCGUGGCAGCGCCACCACGGCACCCGCGCCGUUCUCAUCGUCGCCGGCUCAGCAACACUUGCCCCUGCGGCAGCAGCGCAUACCCACCACCACCGGCGCGCGCACGCUUGCUGAGCAGCAGUGCUGCUCUCACGAGGCGCAGCAGCACUGGCAGCAGACGCUUCAGCAGCGGCAAGACGCCCUGCUGCGUCGGCGCUGCGUGCGAGUGCGUGCGGAUACGCUGGCGCCGCCGGCGGAGAGUUCUUCCACAAUCACUGUCGCGGCUGGCGCGUCGGCCACUGAGGAUGCUGUGUCCCAACGAACGUGGGCACAGUGCAUCGGGGGAGGAAAGGUGGCACCAGUGAUGGAUCACAGGGCCGCCGCCGAACACCUGCGCGCGCUCUGCGCACUGCUGCAGACCGAUUUGAUCGCCAUUAGCACGCUGCAAGAACUGUCGGCGCUGAUGCGCACCACGCCAGUAGCGGUUUCCGCCGACACCGAGGCUCGGAACGGCAAGGCCACGCCGCAGCCGAGCUCGCCAUGUAGCUUCUUUGCGGCUGCCACGCGCCUUUUGGUGUCUCUUCAGCAGCACCGCAAGAUACAGGACCGCUCCGCACAAGAGGCAUGCAUGCUGCACGACGGCUGUAACCCGGGGGCAAUCAGCAGCCACUCUGCGCACACCCUGAACUCCAUUUCCGACCCGCUUACUCCGCCUGGUUGCCGCGGUGUUGCAAUGACAGGCGGCAACGGCACUGGCGCUGCGCCGCUGAUGCUUUCAGUGCUCCAUCCGAUGAGCGCUCUGGGCUACAUCCCGAUGCUGCGGAGCGUGGCGUCGACGGUGGUGGACAGACUUCUGAGCGGCGACUCUGACGGCGCCAGCGACAGCCUCAGCCAUGAAGAGCAUCUCACGCGCUACAUUCUGGCUGUGGCGCCGUACCUCCUCGCAUGGGAGACAGGCGCUGCUGAGACCGGCAACUGCGACGGCGCGCCGUGGCAGGAGGCGCCGCACCGUCACGGGUCCGUGAGCCCCGUCGGUGGGGAGGGCACGUUACCACUGGCAUCAGCAUUAUGCGCAGCGUCCCCCUCCAGACUGCCGCUUCCCGUCUGGGUAUAUGUGGAGUCUCUCACAACAACGCUUCUGGAGGAGGCGCGCAAGCUGAACGCCAUGUAUGAACUCUACGUGCUUUUGGUGGCGGAGGCGACACUGCAGAGCCGUCGUAGCGGUGCUGCGUGUGCUGCCGAUCUCUCCAGGGCGACCUCCACCGCCUUCUCGUUGGCACCUGUGUGGCACGGUGGCACCGACGAGACGCUGAUGUCGUAUGUGCGCCGCCGAGGUCGGGCUGCGUCCAUUGCCCAGGGCACCGGCGUCUUAGGCAUGUCCGUGUCGCUCGACAAUGGCCUUGAAAAGUACGUGACGCCCAUCAGCGCCUAUCUGCUGAACUCGUUCGACCAGUUGGAGGGGCGUCACCUGCUGCAUAGCGUAUUUCCGGAGGUGCAGCUCAGCGAUGUGGUUGCCCGCGUCCGGGCACGGCGGGAGCAGAAGAUGGGUUCUUCUCCUGCUGGCCGACGCCGCUCGCCUGGCGCCCCAAGCGCGGACGAGGAGGAGGGGCUUGACAACUUCAGCUUGCCACCGGGCACGUUGUCGUCUCCCGCACUGCGCAGCGCGGCAAGUGCGCGGCCGAGCAUUCGAGGCGCAGAGCAGCGAGCGUCUUCUGGGCGUGGUGGCGGUAGCGGGGAAAACGACGCCGAUCAGCCGGCAGAGCAGCAACGGCGGGGUGACAGCGAGAGUGAAACCACGCGGCAGCGCCGCGGACGCGGCACUGCUCGGCGCCUCAUCAACCUAUCGGGCCCAGGCCAGACACGCCACGCUAUUAUCGAGGGCUUCGUUCGAUACCUGACGGGCGAUCGGCGCCGGAGUAGUACCGUCAGCGGAGGUGCCAACAGCCCCUCUCACGGCGCCGAUCAGCGAUCCGGGACCGAAGGCGGUGGCUCACCGUCGCAGCAGCGCGCCUCUUCGCACGCCGCCUCCCACCAUCACAGUGGACUGACGCUCGAUGUGCCGCACACAUCAUCGCUGCUGCAGGAGAUGGACGCGCGACUCGAGGCAGGGGCGUCGAAUGUGGCGCUGAUUUGCUCGGUAGAGCGAAUGCUUGACACCGGCUCCCUUGUCGAUGCGCUUAAUGUCGGCAAGUUCCUUCCUCAUAAGCAGGCGGAGCUGUCGACCCGGCACUACUUCAACGCCCGCGCCGCCACCUUCACCACGCGGCACACGCUUCCGUCGUACACUGCCGCGUGUGUGUCGGUGGUGCAGUGCCGCUGGCAGCCUGUGUUUCAGUCCACGAUGUGCUUUUGCCCCGUGACGCGCCGCCGUUGCCUUGACCCGCUUGUCUGCGGUGCGUUGCUCAUCUGCGCUACACUGCCGCCGCAGGAGAUCGUUUACUCCGCCCCGGACCCGUCGCAGUCGUCGACGCCGACGCACGGCGUCUUAGGAGGACCGGCAGAGGUGGCCACAGCCCCCGCGCUGGGUACGGCUGCCGUCACGAAUGCGAAUCGUCAGCUCCCCAACACCAUUCGAGCGCUGCGCAGCCGUUUCGAACGGAGCACUGAGGUCUCACGGCCGGCGCAGCAGCGGCAAAUUCCAGCACCGUCACCCCGCUCCAAUCUCCCUCAGCUGCAGAGCACUGCUGUCGCACUCAACACCCUCGACAUGCGCACAGCUUUGCCAGGGUCGCCGCGGUCGCAGCAACAGCAACACCAGUAUCAGCGGCUGCAGCAGCUACGCCAACCGGCGCCGCCGCUUCCGCAUGCCGCACUCCCAGACCCCAUCCGCAUCAUAUCUGUCUCUUCCCUCUUCCCAGCUUUUCUUCUUCGCGGCCCGUCAAUGAUGCCGGAUGCGAUCACGAUUUCGCGCAUCAUGACGCGUGCCAUGACGGCCCUCUACGCCGACUCCGCCGUGCUGGCCAGCGACCGUGAUGAGGGGCGGGAGGAGGAGGAUCAGGCCGGUGGUGCCACUACCGCGACAGCUGCAGCUGCGGCAGUGACACCUCUUAACAAUGACGCCUUUCAUGCCUUGCGGGCCGUCACGGUGCCGCUCGAUAUGCCGCCGGUGACGCGCAAUCUUCUUGCCUCGCCGGACAGGGCUUAUGCGUCGUUGCUGAACCCGCCAACGCUACUAGAGUGCGGACACGUGGUGUCCCACAAGACCUACCUCGAUCUGCGUACCACGGCGCGGCGGACAAAUCGCAACGCGUCCACUGUCGCCGCAACGGGCACCACUACCGUCGUGUGCUGCCCCUACUGCAGCAAGGUAACGGCGGUGAAGGAUGCCGUGACGCUGUCUUACCUUUAUUGA